AUGGAGGUCCAAGAAACUGAAAACGUCGCUGAAUUUAAACAAAGAUUUGAUAAUUUUGUUAACGAAUUCAUAUCCACGUCGCAGAAUCAUUGUAUUAUCACCAGAGAGAAGGCUACUCGGAUCUUAAGGGUGUUGAAGGAAGACCCCAGCGUGGAUGACCCCCAGCUGAAGUUCUACGUCAAACAGAAACAGUUUCAACUGAGGGAUUUUUCUCAGCUUAAAUUGAGAAAUGUUUUGUGUGUGCCAACAUCAAGCGCUAGGAAAAAUUCUUCAAGGGCCAAUCAAGGUAUGUUUGGAAAAUAUCAUCGUGUGGCUUUGAAAGAUGAAUUCUUUAACAUCAUAUAUGAGAUCCAUACACAAGAAGGCAGCAGUAAACAUCUUGGAAUUAGAAGCACUAUACAAGAGAUAAAUCGUCAUCAUGCACACAUUCCUCGGGCGCUGAUAUUAAACUUUAUCAAGAUAUGUCCUCUUUGCAGCCAGUCUUUUAAUGAGCUGAAUUUAUUAUCAUCUGGGGAUCUCUCCCAAUCCUCAAAUGAAAACAAUGAUAAUCAAUUUCCUGAAGAGUCUUUUGCGGAUAUCAAACCGAACAUUCAACUCCUCUCAGAAGUUGUUUCCCCUAACCAUUUUGCCAGUGUUCAAGAUCAGUUUCCCACUUACUCACCAUCGGGUCAGCCAUAUGUGACACCACUGCAAUACUCUCCAGCUCCACCACCAUCAGCCACACAAUGGAGCAAUUCUCUUCAUCAGGAAAACAUGGAUAGCACAGAUCAGGAAAUCAUAGACGCUAACCAUUUUAUGGCUGUUGGAAAGGUGAGCAUCAUUGAUAUUCAAGAACUAUUGAACCUUUCAUCCCCUCCAAGACGCUACACUUGCCUUGUCCACUACAUUGACCUCUGGUCCAAAUACAGUGUUUUGUGGCCCCUAAGACUGAGGGAUGUUGAAGAACUGGCCUUUGGGAUCGCAAAGAAUGUAUUUGCCUAUUUUGGCUCCCCAAAACAGAUUAUUUAUGAUACAAACUUUGAUGACGCCCAGCGGCUUGAGGAAUCACUGAGGAAAUGGUCAAAACAAGUGAAAGUGACCAUUGGUCUGCAGGAACCAUUAGCCUCAUCAGGGCCUGUCCACUGGAAGAUUGUAGAAAAACUAAAAGAACUUCUCGUUGAAUCCUGGGAAGUGAAGUUGUCCAAAUUACAAUAUAUUUCUAAUACCAAACUCGUGACCACCCAUGGACACAUUUCUCCCUACAAAGCCGUAAUUGGCAAUGAUCCCAUGACAGAGGCUUUUUCUGAACUUGCUGACAAAUACAAUUUUUAUCAUGAUUCUCUGCAUCCUAAUUUUUUAUCUACAGCCAUGCACAACAAUAUACCAAAUGAAACCAAUUUAAAUUCUGUUAAUGAACUGGCUGGCUAUUCUGUAUAUCAACGAUCUACUCCUACCAUAUCCAAUGUCUGCCACAUUAACCUCACAAAUAGUCCUGUGAUAUCAUCAUCCGGUGCUUCUGGCCACCAGAUGGCGCCAACACAAACAGCGUGCACAGUGGAUGUAUGUAAUAGCACUACCAAUAUGACUAAACAGCUGGCACCAACCAUCAUAGAACAGAAAUUGUCACAUAACUAUGGUUCCGUAUCUUCCUCUAUGGACCCGUAUCCUUCUAGUGGGUCACAGAGUUUUACAACACAGCCUGAGAUUGCUGACAAUGAUACUAAAAACAUCCUGUUAAUUGAAGAUUUCAAUUCAGCUGAGCAGCCCUCAACUUCUCAGAACUCUACAGAAGUUGAAGCAGAUCAGUCUGUGUCUGUACUAGACAAGUUACCCAGGCUAGCCCAAAGCUUCAGCUUUCCAUCUUCGUUUGAUAAUCAGGAAGAAGAGGGGAAUUUUCCCAACCCUACUGACCUGGAAACGUCCCUGGCAACAUCCUUAGCAGACGGUGGCCUGCCAUUCCUCACCAAGUCUGCACAGAAUGUGAUUGACAAGUACCGACUGAGAGCAAAAAUUCUCAAUGCCACACAGAUGAAAGCUACUCGCCGUGGGGUUACGGAAGGAAGACAAAACCAUGCAAAGUCAAAGGUUUGUUCGCAACACCAACAGCAGCAGCAGUCAUCUUCAAUGGCAAUGUCAUCCAUUCCAAACUUGCAGCCCAAACAAAAACUUCUUUAUAGCAUCACUUCUGUAAAUGCUGGUAAAGGUUACCAGUCUGUGGUAUCGUCAGCUCACAGGCUAAAAUCUCGAUCAGCGCCAACGAGCAGUUCUGACUUGGAGGAGAAACGCAAGGAGUAUUGGCGUCGGAUGAAGCAGCGAGCGAGAGCACGGCUGUCGCAGGAGGAGAGAGAAAUAAUCAACAAGCGUAGACGGCAAAAAUAUGCAGAACGGAAAAGGUCAUACGGAAAUGAUCUGGACUAUAACCCUACAGUUUUGCGUGCCUCUGCAUUGCAGGCUCCUUUCGGAAUGCGUCCGUAA